AUGGCGCUCACCUUCUUCUCCCAACAGGAGUGGAAUCAGCUCCUAUCCCCAGUGCUCAGGGCGGCACUUCCAAAAGCUGGUAUCUGCCGCAACUUUCCUCGUGCUAUGGUCUAUGCCCCUAUUGCACUCCAAGGAGUGGGUGUCCCUCAUCCGUACGGUCUCCAAGUCAUCAAACACUUGGACAUGCUACUUUGCCAUCCUGCCAAUAAGACCAAGACGGGUGCCUUCUUGGAGGCAGUUCUUCAGGCACAUCAGCUUGAAACCGGUACCUCAUACGGCCUCUUCCAACAAGUCUAUGCCAACACCUCCAUCCUGGCGUCUGACACGUGGGCAAACCGGACUUGGAGUGAACUCGGCUCUCUCUCCAUCCACCUGGAGUUUGAUUCCCCUUCUCUUCAGCUACUACGCCGAGGAGACCAACUGUUAGUUGACCUGUUCAUCGAAUCUUUGGUGGACCAACUUACUUUGAAAUGGCUCAACUGGUGUCGGAUCUUCCUGCGCGCAGGCACUCUUUCUGAUAUUGUGAAUGCUGACGGGACAGCGAUUACUCUGAAAGCAUGGAAAGGGCUAAGAGCGGACAGCCGUUCUGAUCGGUCUUUCUCCCAACUGGACUGGUGGGAGCAGCGCAAUGUGGAAGUGGACUUCAAAGCACAAUCCUAA